ACCACCAUGCAUCCUGGGCUCCUGGCCUAGCUCCUUUUGUUCCUGAUUCCCGACCAAAGCAUGCAUAUGGAUUAAUGGAGCUUCUUGAUUACUAGUACUCCCGCGGCAAGAAAGGUAUAAGCUUGUCCCAUGCGGCAUUCUCUGUCUGUCCAUAUAUGGGGACAUCGUACCUGACAAAACAACGUACCUGACAAUAACUACCAUAGCACCUCACUGCGGGGAUGUCUACCAAUGCUAGCUCGAGCUCUAGUUGGGUGGUGGAGAUACAAGAGGAGAAGAUGCCGGAGGACUCUGGGGGAGCAAACGAGGAGCUCAGGGAUGGGUCCGAGCUGGCCUUGAGAGCCGAGAAGAAGGGCAACAGUAGCAGUUGGAUGGUGGACAUGGAGAAGCUACUGCUCGAGGACACCAGGCCAUCGGUGGAGAUGGCGCGGUGGAAUCAGUGCUAUAUCUAUCGUGUGCCGGAGUGUCUAAAGAAGAUGACCAACAGAGAUGCCUACCAGCCGCAGUUCGUAUCGUUGGGCCCCUUGCACCAUGGCGAGACCCAUCUCUUGCCCAUGGAGAAGCACAAGAGGCGGGCGGUGCAGCACGUGGUUAAGCUGGCUCGGAAGCCUCUAACGGAGUUCGUCGCAGCAAUCGAGCAAGUGGCCGAUGAGCUCGAGGCCGCCUACGAUGGCCUUGAUGAUAGGUGGCGUGGAGUGAACAGGGGUAGCUUCGUGCAGAUGAUGGUCACGGAUGGAUGCUUCCUGUUUGAGCUGAUGCAGCUAAGUCUAUUCGCGGAAGGGGAAGGUGAUCAUACUGGUUACGCGGACAACGACCCCGUCUUCAGCAGGAGCAGCUUUCAGAAUUUGUGGCCAACACUGUGGAACGAUAUGAUCGCGAUGGAAAACCAAAUACCUCUAGUCGUUCUGCAGAGGAUCGCACUUUGGAGUGACAAACCCUCGAGCGCUCGAUGGAUCAACAAUACCGCGCGAUGUCUUCUGUGGGCCCCACGAAUUGAGGAAGGCUGGGACAACCUUGGCCUUCAUUUACUGCACAUUCUUCACAAAAGCUAUUGCGGCAUCACUCCGGAAGAGCCAACAGGCAACAGCUGCAGACAGCAGCUGCUGCAGUGGGCUAGCAGCUGCUGGAGCCGAGCGGCUGGAGCUGCAGCCGCAGCCGCAGCCGCAGAACCUCGCACGCCCUGUGCUGUUGAGCUAAACGAGGCAGGGAUCCAGUUCAAAAUAAGCAACACUGAAAGUAUCCAUGACGUUGACUUUGAUAAUGGUGUGCUCAGCAUGCCGGUGUUCGAGUUCCACGAUCAAACGGAGGUGGAGCUCCUCAACCUGAUGGCAUUUGAGUGGCUACAUCCCGACCCCAAAUCUGACGUGAGGUCCUACAUAUCCUUCGUGGACAAAAUUACGGAGUCAGAAAGAGAUGUGGCACUUCUGAGAUCCAAAGGGAUCUUCGUAAACAUGAUAGGCAGAGACAAGGCGGUGGUGGAGAUGUUCAACACCCUCACCAAGUUAGCAAGGACGCCAGACGAAGGCAGCAGGCUAUACCGCGUGCUAUCGAAGGUGAACGCCCACUGUAAGAAGCGCCGGAACAAGUGGCGCGCCAUGUUCAUGAACAACUAUCUGAGCAACCCCUGGGUAUUCAUCUCCCUCGUGGCCGCCGUCAUCCUGCUCAUUGCCACCAUCAUGCAGACCAUCUACACCGUCGUGCCGUUCUACACCAGAAAGGACUAGCAGGAUCAGAAUUCUGUGGCAACAUGUGGCUCUAGUGCUCUGCUUAUACUAUCUCAGUACAUGUGGACAACUAUUAUUGUUUUCUCUCCAUUAUUAUUGUGUGCAAUGUGGCUUUCUAUGGUAGUGAUAUCUGCCUUUCUAUAUUUGGGUUGUACGUGUGGACCAUUAUUAUUUCUCUCCAUUAACGUUGUUGUACCAUUUAUUUGGAGUGAGAUUGUGUUACUGU